UUGUUUGGUAUUUUAUUUUUAACGCAUGGAUUUGAAAUAAUAUUUUUGUCGUGACUAGAUCUGCAUUUUUGUAUAGCGAUGGCUAAACAGUUCGAAGGAUUUAUUCCUUUUUCAUUUAAUUUCGGAGAGGACUCUUUGGAUCGGCAGUUGUUUGUAAAAAAACAUGAAGGCCAAAGUGAAAUCAAACCCGAAGAUCGGACAUUAUACAUUGUAAAUGUGCCUCAAUUUUUUAAUAAGAAAUGCUUGAAGCAUUUAUUUUCGGAAUAUGGACUUAUCGAACGAAUUUGCAUUCAUAUGAGACCUACUAGUGGAGAAGAAGUGGAUCAGAAUUCAAAAUCAAGUUUAUUCUGUCCUCUUACAUCAAAACUUGGAUGUAAAGUAGCUUAUAUUGUAUUUAAGCGACCAGCUGCAUUGAAGAAAAUUUUAAAAUGUUCUGAUGUUAAAGAACUGCCUAAGUGUCAUUUUCACUCUAAUGUCGGGAAAAAUAAAUGGAUUCAACAAUAUAAUGACAGUUUUGUUGAUCAAAAGUUAUUGCAGGAAGAGAUAAGAACAUUUUUGCAAGAAUUUGAUUCUAAGAGUGAGGAAGAAAAGAAGAAAGAAAGGGAACUUGGCGGACCUGAUGAUGAAGGAUGGAUUACUGUUUCAAAAUUUUCGAAGAAGCCUAAAAUACCACGAAUUGAAUCUGUUAAUAAAAAAAUUGUAGACAAAAGAAAUGCUGCACAAUCCAAAUUGACUCUUAUGAAGUUCUAUAAAAAUCAACUUCGGGAUGAAAAAAUGGAGGAGAUAUUAGAUCUUAGGAAAAGGUUUGAAAAAGAUAAAGCUCGUAUUGCCAUGAUGCGAAAAAGCCGAAAAUUUAAACCAUUUUAAAUGGAUUAUCUUGUUAUGAUUGUAAAAUUAAAGUGAAUAUUUCUGUAA